CAGUGCGUGCUAAAUAAUGAUUUUGUGACAAUUGUUGUAGCUGCUGUCCAUUGACUAUUAACUAUUUAACUAUUAAAUAAUAUCAUUUUUCAAUCAAUUCAAUAAUUUCAUCGAUUUAGUCAGUAGUCACCACACAACAUGUUACGCCGGCAAGCUCGACUCCGGCGCGAGUACUUGUACCGCAAGAGUUUGGAAACCCGUCAAAAGGUGAUCCAAGACAAAAAAGAACGGCUUAAACACUGUUUGGACGAGAACGUGCCCAUUCAUUAUGACCUGCGCCCAGAGGCAUUGCACUUACAGGAAAAACUAGAAUGGGACGACGAUUCACCAGGGUUGUCGACUAUCGGUGGUGGCGAGGAGGGCGGUGCGGGUACCUCGCACGAGGACGAUGAGUACCGUUGGGCUGGUGUUGAGGAUCCGAAAAUCAUGAUCACAACGUCGCACGACCCGUCGGCCAGACUAAAAAAAUUCGUCAAAGAGCUCAGACUGAUAUUUCCAAAUGCCCAACGCAUGAACCGUGGUAAUUAUGAAAUUAAGCAGUUGGUGCAGGCCUGCCGGGCUAACGAGGUGACUGAUUUUAUCGUUGUGCAUGAGCACCGGGGUGUCCCGGACACAUUGAUUGUUUGUCACAUGCCGUAUGGCCCAACAGCCUAUUUCAACUUGACAGACGUGGUAAUGAGGCAUGACGUUCCAGACAUUGGUACAAUGUCUGAACAGUUUCCACAUUUGAUUUUCCACAAUUUUGAAACACAGCUUGGUAAGAGAACAAUGAACAUUUUGAAGUAUCUGUACCCGGUUCCUAAGGAAGAUAGCAAGAGAGUCAUUUCUUUUGCAAAUCAUGAUGACUUUAUAUCGUUUAGACACCAUACUUACAAAACGGUGGAUGGUAACAAAAUCGAAAUGAAUGAAGUUGGUCCUCGUUUUCAGUUAAAACUUUACCAAAUAAAAUUGGGGACCUUAGAAUCAGCAGAUACAGCAGACACAGAAUGGAUGCUUAGACCUUACAUGAACACUGCAUCCAAGCGUCGAUAUCUAUCAUUAAAAGAUGGGUGGGCUCAAGAUGAUACAAUUUUUUCUUAAAUAGUGAUUGUUUUGUAAAUAAAAAAACUUUACCUAAAUUAAAAAAAAA